AUGGCUACAUUAGAGCCCACAGACAAGCAAACCCCGAAAUCGGGCAAUAAAGAAAGCGGAAUAGAGUCAGCAUCAGGCUCUGGCGCUACUACACCUACAUCUAGGGCCAACGAGCCAGUCUUGGACGAAAAGAGGUUAAAGAAGUUCUACGUUGGCGCCAUCGAUGCAGGCACGACCAGCUCGCGGUUCAUCAUCUUCGAUGGCACUGGGACACCCGUCACCCAGCACCAAAUCGAGUUUGCUCAGAAGUAUCCAAAAUCCGGGUGGCAUGAACAAGACCCCAAGGAGCUCAUCUCGUCGGUCCAGGAAUGCGUCGAAGAAGCUACCAGAAAGUUUACGGAAGAAGGCCAUGAGGUUUCUGAGAUCAAGGCCGUCGGAAUAACCAACCAGCGCGAGACUACAAUCCUAUGGGACACCAAGACCGGAGAACCACUGUGCAGUGCCAUCGCUUGGCCCGACACUCGCACUACGUCGAUCGUGCGAGAGCUAAGAGGAAGAGAAGGAGCCGAUGAGCUGCAAGAUAUCUGCGGAUUGCCUCUCUCGACGUAUCCGUCCUCUGUCAAGCUCAUCUGGCUGAUGCGGAACGUAAAAGCUGUCCGAAAAGCGUACGACGAGGGAAGAUUGUCUUUCGGCACCGUAGAUACGUGGCUCUUGUAUCACCUAAACGGCGGCAAAGAGAAGAACGUCCACAUCACCGACGCUACCAACGCUUCGCGCACCAUGUUCAUGAACCUGCACAACCUGACAUACGACGACAAGCUCCUGAAGUUCUUCGACCUGGACACCAAGAAGAUCAAGCUACCCAAGAUUGUCCCCUCGUCGGAUCCAGAGGCGUUCGGUUCCAUAGCCUCAGGCGCCCUCAAAGGAAUCCGCAUUGCAGGCUGCCUCGGUGACCAGUCAGCAGCGCUCGUAGGCCAGCAAGGCUUCACGCCCGGCGCCGCGAAGAACACCUACGGCACCGGCUGCUUCCUCCUCUACAACGUAGGUGAGAAGCCGGUGAUAUCCAAGCACGGCCUGCUAGCCACAGUCGGCUAUGCCUUCGGCCGGGAGCGCAAGCCAGUAUACGCGUUGGAAGGCAGCAUAGCCGUCGCGGGAAGCGGCGUCAAGUUCCUGAUGAAGAAUCUAGGCUUCAUCAGCCACUCGCACAAGAUUAGCGACUUGGCGGCCACGGUCGAGGAUAACGGCGGUUGCGUGUUCGUGACGGCGUUUAGUGGCCUCUUUGCGCCGUACUGGAUCGAUGAUGCUAAAGGGACUAUCUUCGGGAUUACGCAACAUACGGAGAGAGGUCACAUUGCUCGUGCGACCCUGGAGGCUACGUGUUUCCAGACUAAGGCUAUCCUGGAUGCUAUGGAGAAGGAUAGCGGACAUAAACUGACUGAACUUGCCGUAGAUGGAGGAAUGAGCAAUUCGAAUCUUUGUAUGCAGACUCAAGCCAAUAUCAUCGGUAUUCCCGUCAAUCGUCCCGCUAUGCGCGAAACAACAGCCCUCGGUGCUGCCAUCGCUGCCGGCUUCGCCGUCGACGUCUGGAAAGAGUUCGACGAGCUCAAAGAGAUCAAUCAGAAGGACCGGAAGAUCUUCGAGCCGGAAAUCUCGAGUGAGCAGAGCGCCAAGCUCUUCAAGAAGUGGGAGAAAGCUGUGGAGAUGUGUCGGGGGUGGGAGGACGGCGAUGAGGCUGGUGACUUUUGA